AUGUUGGAGAAGUCAGCUACAGUCGUUCGAGUGGUCCUGGUGGCCAGAAUGUCAAUAAGCAUGUUUGACCUCCUUGUUAUCUCGCGCCAGGGUCUAAUGUUUCUCAGGGUCAAUUCCAAAGCUCAAUUGCGAGUUCCUGUCGAUCGUCUCCUUCCCUUACUCCCUCCUGUCUUGCAUGAAGGUAUCCUCGCUUCUCGAUAUUAUGCACAGGGUUCGUCCAGCCUCGUGAUACAGGCAGAUGAGAGCCGUAAACAGCCAGCGAACAAGGAGACCUGCUUUCGCAAGCUCACCCAGCUGAUUGUCGAUGAAUAUAAGCGUGCCGUGCCCGGAGAAACAACAGCGGAUCAGAAGAAGAAGGUGGAAAAACUGCAACAUGCAGAGAAUGAAUCGCGGCUGAAGACUAAGAAGCUGCAUGCAAGCAAGAAGCAAUCAAGGUCGAAGGGUAAUAUGGAUUGA